AUGGAGCGUACACGGUGUCGAAUACGUGAAGCUGUUCGCUCAGGGGUGUACAGUGACGUCUACAUUGAGCAACUGAGGAGUUUUAAGACAAAUCUCGAAAAUACACGGCCGCAGCAGCGCGAAGUCUACUUCCAGCACAACAACACUCAGUCACACAUUGGAAAAAUGACCAAGGCUGAACUUAAUAAGUUCUUCUGGACCAUUUUACCACACCCACCGUAUUUCCCAGACUUGGCUCCCUCGGAUUACCAUCUUUUUUCUUAUCUCCAACGUCACCUGAAUGGUCAAGACUUCCAAACCCGCGACGACAUCAAAAAGGCACUCGAGCAGUUCUUCAAGGAGCAGUCCCCAGCGUUCUGGAGCAAGGGUAUCUACGAUCUGUCUAUACGUUGGCAGCAGACCAUCGAUGCCAAUGGGGCAUACUUCAAAUGA